CACUUAAGCACGACAUUGCCCUCAAUGGAGCAGAGGGAUAGAGAAGGGGAACGAUAUUACCGGAUUGAAAUGCUGCGGGAGACUGGAAGUGGACCAGUCAGCGUGGGACAUAUGGAACGAACGAACAGUUCUGCACUAAGGGAACAUCAAGAACACACUAGCACAUGUUCGUUAGGGAUCAGAGAUGGCCCAAAUGGCCACAAAAGAAACAAUCCACAAAAGAAAAGAAACAAAACACACGACAAACUCAGUUCAAGCUCCUCAAACACAUGGAGCAAACAGAAAAAGUCUAAAACAAAAACACACAAUGAGGGGGCGACAAAUACAGCCUACUCGUCGCCAAGGUUGUCCAAAUCGAUGUCAUUCAUGAAUGCAUCAUCAUCAUCAGCUGGUGGAGGUGGAAGUGGAGAGUCCUCCCAGGAGUUCUCCAGACUGGCUGCUCGCCCGGUAGCAGCUUGGGCAGAUGCCCCUGGACCUCCUGCAUGCGCCUAGCUCGGGCAUGCUCCCUCUCGAUGCGCGCCAAGGUCACCCCCUGCUGGGUCUCCAUCCUAUCAAGGCCCUCAUCAUACGCAGCAUCCGGGUCUGGUACUCGGCAUGGUGAGCCGAAUAAUGCUGCUGAAACUGGAGCUGAUAGUCGUAGAGCUGCUGAUUCUGGACAUCGUCAUCACCUCGCCGGGGAAGGUAGAGCUGCCACCCCCGUACUCGAAGGUGGUGGGGCGGGCGGCAGCAGUAUCAUCCACAUCCUCCGGGUGGACAUCCUCAUCACCCGCACCCUCGGGAACCUCCUGCUGGACCUCCUCUGGGAUCUGAGAUUGAGGAAACCCCUCGAUCCACAUAACACCUCGCUCUUCUCAAAGCCCGUGCAUUUUACUAAUCGUAAACUGGCCAAAGGCACUGGUGUCUCCCUGCUCUGUGCACCCCUGCAGUGAUAUCUGGAAGUAAGUGGCCAGGCGGG